GUUUUCCCCCCCUUCCCUUUUGUUUUUGUUUUUCCUCAGUUUCCAUUACAAAGAGCAGUGCAAAAAUCCAAUCUUCCCCUUCCAAAGUGACCCGGCGUUCAAUGCAGUCUCCACAGAAAUCUGCUCCGGUACCAGCGCAACGGGGCAGGAAGCCAGGUCGGGGCAAACCCCCUGGACAGUCUGCAGUUCCCAAGAAGGGCAGGUCUCCUAAAAAUAUUCCCCUGACAAAAAGCACCUCUCAUACUGAGAAUCUUAAAACAAGGAAAAAAAGUUUAAAACCUGGAAAAAAGAAAAAAAUCUUGCCAGAACAAGUGAUUCCUGCAUCACCUUCUCCUCAUUCUUCUUCUGAGGGGGACAGUGGCACCACGCAGAUACUUAAAGGUGGAAUUAGUUUAUCUGGUGCAACAGCAGCAGUUAUAUCCACAGUGUGUGUUUAUGUCAACAAGCAUGGAAAUUCUGGGCUUCACCUGGAUAAGAAGAAGGUUCAGCAGCUUCCAGAUCACUUUGGACCAGGUCCUGUCAAUGUGGUACUUCAGCAGGCUGUACAGGCUUGCGUGGAUUGUGCCUAUCAAUCCAAAACAGUCUUUGGAUUUCUGAAAUCUGGACAUCACGGAGGGGAAAUGAUAACUGCUUCCUUUGAUGGGGAAAAGCACGCCAUCAAUCUUCCUUCUGUAAACAGCGCAUCGUUUGUCCUACGCUUCUUGGAGAAACUCUGCCACAGCCUGCAGUGUGAUAAUCUGUUUAGUAGCCAGCCUUUCAGCCCUUACAUGGGGUGUGCACAUAGUCCUAUGGAGUAUGAUAGGAACAAACCAGCAAAAGAAGAAACACCUGAAAACAGGAGUGCUAAACGGUACUCCCAGGACUCUCCACCAUAUACUGCUCCUCUUUCCCCUAAGCUUCCCAGAAAUGAUGCUCAUCCAUCUGAAGCAGUAACAUUGCCUAUAGAGGAAAACAGCACUUCCAAAGAACACCGAUUUUCUGAGGACUCUAUGGAUUCUGCACUUAAUUCUGUAAAUCCUUCAAGCCCCACCCAUCGAAACUCCAUGGAAUAUCGUACUUCAGGGAGUGCAGCAUAUUACAGAAACUCCCUUCAGCCAGUGACUGCUACCUCAAAUUCAGCCCCAAUCCUGCGCAGGCUGUCCUUGAGCUCUGCUGGGAGCAGUGGCUACCAUGAAGUUAGUAGGAAUCGAAUACAGAGGAGGAUUGAAGCUGCAAGUUCCACAACUGGACCAGAUUUGAAUUCACUGAAAAGGGAACCUUCAAGAACAUUGAAUAAGGAUCCUUCCACCUGGUCAAUAGAAGAAGUAAUGCGUUUUGUGAAAGAAGCUGAUCCACAGGCACUAGCUCCGCAUGCAGAACUCUUUAGGAGACAUGAAAUUGAUGGGAAGGCACUACUCUUACUCAGGAGCGAUAUGAUAAUGAAAUAUAUGGGACUGAAGCUGGGGCCUGCCCUGAAGUUGUGCUACCACAUUGAAAGACUUAAACAAGGAAAGUACUAGCCAGUGGGGAUACCACAAAUAUGUGUGUUCGUAUCACACUAAACUCUCAGGUUCACAGCCAUCACCUUUAUUUGAAACUAUUUUGCUGAUAUAAAUCAUCUUUAUUUUUUGAAAGUGCUCUCAAAAUGUAAAAAAGACAUUCAGGAUAAGGGGUGGGGGG